CUAUCUUCUUUUUCUGACUUUUGCCUUUUGUUGGGGACAAACAACGAAGAGUAAAUACUGUAAAUAAUAUAUAUGAGCACCCUCGUAUCUGACAAUGCGUGUUUUUUGUUGAUGUUGUUGUUGUUGAUGUUGUUGUUGUUGCGCGUGUGUGAGAGUAUGAAUGUGAAUGUUGGACGGGUAGGUUCUAGUCCCACCCUACUGUUGUUGUUGUUGCUGCUUUUUUGCUGUGUAUUAUGUGAUGUGGGGUUUCCAGGUAAAGAGAAUCCGAGCUAGAGGUUGAGUUAGCAGUUGGAAGGAGAACAACACACGCUUUUUAUGAGGUUGCUGUUGUUGUUGUUGUUGUUGUUGUUGUUGUU